UGGGCGGGGCAAAUUCCCCUGACAACGCGGACAAAAGCAUAGCAACCGUACCACCGUGUGUCACGAGAUAACAUCGUGAGGACCAGGUCGCCAUAUGGACAGGGGUCGGGUUGGCCUGGCCGUGUGACGUGGCAGUCAAGACAGGACACGACGCGAGAGAGGACGUGGAUGUUUACAGAGUAAAGUACAGCGUAGAGUACAGAGGGCUGGGAAACAGAAUGAAGUUGAUCAGUUUAGCACGUAUAUGGCUGUCACCCGUAUUUGAACGCGCACGUGACAUUCUGGUAGUACUGCUGGGCUGGAGUUCAACCAAGAUAGAGACGGGAACAGGGAGAUCUAGAGAACUGAGGACGUGGCAAGGCUACUGGGCCUGUGAUGGGUGGCGCGCGGGGCAGGGAGGAAGAAAGAACACAUAAAGAUGCCGGCCGAUUCCUGACCCUGAAGAGAACGCCGGCCCGGAGAAAUCUUCCAUACUACUGUAUUGACACUCGGGGAGCGGGGCAAGAUGCGGCGGGUACGGGCGGUGGCAUCAUUGAAGGCGGGAAAGAGAUCUCAAGACUACUCGUCAGAAGGAAAGUUACAACGCCGCAGGGGUACGUACUUGACGAUUACGUCAGACGAUGGCGGUUCCAGUAGGUCAAUCUUCGAAGCAGCUGCGGGUAAACGUCUUUCGGUAUGUCGUCAAGGCCAACCUACCGGACAAGAUCGACGACGACGAGGUGUUCCUGACAGACAUAUAUUAUGUCCAUCAGAACGACACAUUCCCGCCACACCCAACAUAGAGACUCUUACCGCCACAAGGGAAGUAGGUCGAGUCCCUUCACGAAAAGUGGCCAUCGCUGAGAGGAGCCAGAAUAUACGUUUGUGCGGCUUGAACAUUCUUAACAGAAGGGAGCCACACAACAUCCAGAACAGCGCCAUCGACAGAAGGAAGGCACUGUGAGGGAAGUAGAGGCCAGUAGCAGAGCCAAGACGUACAGCCGAUAGUUGUGAUCAUACUUGUCCAUGUAUAGAAAACCUGACAUGACACCAGUUAUAGAAUUCACGGAUUGACUGACUGUUUAUAUCACGAAUAUGUAUUUUAAUGUAUACAUUGUAGUAGUUGAUUUUACAUGUAUAUGAAUGGACCGUAGAUGAAAUAACCGUUGUUUUGUGGUUUGACAAGACCUGUCUGUUUGAUACGCCAAAAUGUGACCACGAGAUAUAAUGUAUUUGUAUGACAGAUAGUCAGAGAGUAGAGAUCAGAAGAGAAAUAAAGAUCCUCAGCUAAGAACGAGGUUAGCGAGGUCAGCAUUACUAGUAUAUAGUAACGUCAAACCACUUUAACAGUCUCCCGUGCCAAGUGUACGGAAAACCUUGUC